AUUUAGUAUGGAGUUCGUUGGACAUCACACAAGCACUAACAAGAAAGAGAAGUUUAUUGACGCUAGGCUACAAAGAGCCAAGAUAAAAUGCCUUGAGUUUUUUAAUAGGCACUCAAAUACAUUUAUUGAUUCUGAAAAUGUCUAUCCUGGUCCAAGCCAGGACUAUAUGAAAGCUGUAAACAAACUAGAAAAUCUUUCCAAGAAGAGAGAGGUUUACACAAGAAUUGCUGACAAGUAUGCUAACAGCACCAUUGCUGAUGAGGAAGACCUUAAAUAUAAUUAUAAGAGAUAUGAGAGAUCUAAUUUGGAAACCAAGAAAUAUGUUGAUACCAAACUUCAUCCCUCUAGUAAUAGAGCAUCAUGUGAAAGGACCUAUGGACAAUCUCAAUAUAGCUCAAUACUCAAACAAAGGAAUAGCUCUUUUGUUCGAGAUUUAUCAAAGCGUAGUGUACCUUCUUCAGCUCUUGGAAUUCGGUCUCAUGCUGUUUCUCCAGCAUCAAGCUCUCCUAUCCAUCUGCAAUCUUCUUCAAAAAAGGACAUACAUAGUCCUUCAUCUGAGUACAAAGGAAUGAAACUGUCGAAUGUCUCGCAGCUUCUGGUUAGCAUGAAGAAACAGAGCCAUAAAGACAAAUAAGGAAAUCAAGAGACUGAAGAAAGAAAUUCUCUCUAAAAGCAAAAAGUUAGCCAAACUUGAAGCAGUAUUUGAGGAAUCUCAGGACAAAUGGGGAUCUGAACAUGCCUCAAUGUAUAACAAAAUUGCUGAAUUGCAGAAAAUCGUUAACUCUAAAGAUACCAUCAUCGAAGGCUUAGAAGUCAAGAUGUCCCAAGAGCAAGAGUUGUUUAACAAAGAAAUAGAAGAACUCACCCAAAACUUUGAAGUUAAAAUUCAGGACCUUAAGAAAGACAAGCAUGCGAGAAUAAAAGAUCUUGGAAGCCAGAUAAAUAUGGAGAAGGAGACCUGAGAGCUUUACAAGGACAAACUUAAGCAACUCAGCACCUAUGUUAAGACUGCCAAGGAAUUGCUUCAGUACAAGAAUGACACCAACUUAGAUAAAUAUUUAGCAAGCAAGGAGGUUAAUAAAGACUCAACCUUUGAAGAGGAGAACUUACUGAAGCCAAUCAGCGACCAUGAGUUUGACGUCAGUCAGAACAUGUUUAGUAUGGAGCAGAAGUAUGACCAAGAUGUAAAGAUUAAUAGAGCGGCUGAGCUUAGCAAUAAUCUCACUCAACUUGAAGCAGAGAUGUAUAAGAAUGAAGUCUGACAAUUGAAGAAUGAAAUAGUUGCACUGGCCAGAGAUACUAAAAUUAUGAUCCAGGUCAUCGACAAGGUCCUUCCUAGAGAAAACGCCGAUCCUAUUGAUAACUUGCUUGAUUUUGGAAAGGAAAAAGGUAAAAUGAGCAUUGAAGAAGAACUUGACCAAAUCCUUAUGGAUGAAAAUGAUAAAUCUGAAAUUUCUAUCAGUAAAGCAGUCCAAGAAGUCCGAAUGAUCAGGAAGAACAUCAUAAAUUUGAAGAAUAUGGGGUAUUCUAUUAUAUAAGAUGUUAGCUUGGUGACACAAAGUAUCAUAUUGGAAGGAAGAUCCUUGCCAUAAAGACUAAAUCAUCUAAAUGUCAGUGAUAAGUUUGUUAAUUCAAUAAUGCCUC